GAAAGCCAAGAUGGACGACUAGUGGUGUGGGUUCUGACGGGGUUCGCUCUGAAGCCAACCUGGGUGACAUAGUCGGCCGUCUGCGAGUAGUCGCGAACUCCAUACAGAUAAAGGGAGUAGUGUUCUUGCUACUGUGGUUCGGGAUCGCGUAUUAUAUCAUUCAGUUUCUGUGAAGUGCUGGCGAGAUGGAGGAGUUAAACAAGGACCAAAUAGUCAUCCUGAAGAAGGCGUUCGAGGCCUUCGACCAUGAGAAGAAGGGCUGCAUCGGCACCGUGAUGGUGGGCACCAUCCUGGGCAUGCUGGGCCACCAGGUCACGGACGAGACCCUGCAGGAGAUCAUCAAGGAGGUGGAUGAGGACGGGUCGGGCGAGUUGGAGUUCGAGGAGUUCGUGACGCUGGCGUCCCGCUUCAUGGUGGAGGAGGACGCGGAGGCCAUGCAGCAGGAGCUCAAGGAGGCCUUCCGGUUGUACGACAAAGCUGGUAACGGCUACAUCACUACUGACGUCCUAAGAGAGAUCCUCCGGGAGUUGGACGACAAGAUCAGCGCCGAGGAACUCGACAUGAUGAUUGAGGAAAUCGACUCGGACGGCUCCGGAACUGUUGACUUUGAUGAAUUCAUGGAAGUAAUGACGGGUGGCGACGACUAAGUAUUCUUCCUGUUGGAACCUACUUGAAUAUCUGAGCAUUAUUAGGAUUUAUUAAUGAGAGAUCGCGCCAUUCCGCCACUAGUUUAUUCAGUUGUGGAAAUUUCCUAGAAAGGGCUACUAUAGAAAGCGAUGUUGGUUUUCUACUAAAUUAUUUUGUAAAGUGACGGUAUCCUUGUUUACAACAUGUAUUUCUAAUUAUUUAAAAGAAACUCUAAUUAUAAUUGGCCAUUCAAACUGUAUUUCUAAUUUGUAUAAAAUUUAGCGGUGCGAUCUCACUGAAAUAACAAAGAAAUCAAAAGUAAUGUAAAAUCUGGUAAUCUGUCAAAAAUAAAAUCUGAACCAG